AUGAUAUCCUGCACUUUCGUUGAGCGAAUCUGCUUGCUCCAAGGUUACGACGUCUUCCAGGCACUGUUUGACCCAAUUCUCCGCGCAAGGCAGAGUUUGAACCGAAAGGGUGCCCUUCACCACGUGCAGUGCAACAAGCCCGAGGAGCUUUCGACGCGCUUAACCGAAGCCAGAGAGAGUGUGGCAAGUGUGCAGGUGUCGCUGCAGCGGAACUUACCGCGAUUUCGGUUCACGCCGGCCAUGUCGUUGGAUGAUCGACAGAAGGUUGAGAAGGUUUUGUGCGCGGCCUUGGCUGCUCUUCCCGAGGAGUUUGCUGGCGAGUACAUGCCCUUGAGAGGGUCUACAUCCACAAGUUCAAGGCCCGGCAUGUCGGAGGCGGAGGAAGCAAAGCUGCAAGAGGGCAAAUGGCUGUUUGAGGCACCAGAUGCUCCAUCAAUUCUCGCAACCGGAAGAGCGAGACACUGGCCACAGGCUCGGGGAGUGUUCCUGAGCCGCAGAGAAGAUCUCGCUGCGUGGGUUAACGACGAAGAUCACCUGCGACUCAUGGUUCGGCGGUACGACGGCGAUCUGAAGGCAGCUUUCGCCAGUGUGUAUGCCGCAGAGAAGGCUUUGGCGCAAUCCUUGUCGCAGUCCCUUGGCCAUAGUUUCGCAAGAAGUGAUCGUCUCGGCUUCCUGACUACCUGUCCCAGCAACCUUGGCACGGCUUUUCGCGUGAAGGUGCGAGUGACGCUUCCUCUGCUCGGGCGGAACGAAGGCUUUUCUGAUCUGGCACGUGCCCUUGGUGUGCAGGCCAAGAGGGUGGUCCGGCCAACUUUCGAUGGAAACUGGGACAUCUCGAAUGCGGCGCAGCUCAGCGUCUCGGAAGUAGAGCAGGCCAACAGCUUGAUUGCUGCCGUGCGAAAGAUGCAUGACUUGGAGCUGCAGCUGAAGUCGGGGCAAGUCCUGGAUUUAGCGACGGAGGCGGAGAACUUCCGCUUGUCGAUGCUGAAGGCUCCCGAGGACACCUCCGGACUCGGAGCUGCAGAGGUUCCCGGCUUUCCAGCCCAUGAAUGUCCGGAGGAGCUUCCAGACCUCUCAGGCUUCAACAGCAUCGUGGCUGACUUGCUCAAGCGAGAUCCAGAACUGUAUGGCAG